AUGCCACACGCAUCCAACAUGGGCAAAAGCCCCAAUGACCCCCGGUACCCCAACGGGUGGCAUAUGAACGACAGGAUGCCCCAUCAUGACUCGUUUGAGCAGCUGUGGGAGACCAAGUGGAAGGAUCCGUGCUCCAAGGGCAUCUACCCCUUCAUGUUCGGCUCCCUCGAAGACUUCCAGCCCAUCGCCGAGCACAUCAUUGCCAAAGGCCUCAAAGAGCCCUACAACUGGGACGAGUACGCCAGUUGUUUCUUCGGAACCGCUGAGAAGCUCGGCCAGACCGCAGCUGUUGCUCAGCAGGAAGGAGACACGGACAAAGCUCGAGAGUAUUACCUCCGAGCAUCAGCAGUCUACCGCAUCGCCCGCUUCCCCGCCCCUCGCUCCCCUCUGCAGCACCAAGCCUGGAAAAAGGGUAAAGAAAUGUUCUACGCCGGAGCCAAGCUAAUGGAACACCCCAUCCACGAAGUCCUCAUCCCGCACACGCACGCCUUGGCAAGCUCCAGCGAACAAAACUCCUUCAUCCCCGUUAACUUACUCAUCCCCCCUUCCUCUGCCUCCCCUUCUUCCUCUUCCUCCUCUUCUUCCUCCUCUUUCUCUGGCUACCCCCUGGUGAUCAUAAUGACAGGCCUAGACGGCUACCGCACCGAGCUGGCCGUCUGGCAACGCGGCUUCCUUGAUAAAGGGGUCGCCACGCUGGUCGUCGAAAUCCCAGGGACGGGCGACUCGCCUGCUUUGGCUAGUGAUCCGGAGAGUGCUGAUAGACAGUGGUCGUCUGUUCUCGACUUUGUUGCAAAGGAGAAGCAUGAGGAAAUCGAUAGCACCAAGAUUAUAGUCUGGGGCUUUUCCACAGGGGGAUACUACGCCUUGCGCGCGGCGCAUACGCACCAUGAUCGACUACUGGGGAGCAUCAGUCUGGGAGGCGGGUGUCAUCACAUGUUUGAUGAAGCGUGGUUGGAGAAAGUGAAUAAUUUGGAGUAUCCCUUUGAUUUGGCGGAUACAUUGGCGUAUAAAUUUGGGUAUGGCAGUGAUGGAGUGGAACAGUUCAAAAAAGAAGGACAAUUGAAAUUCUCGCUUUUGCUGGAUGGCACGCUUAUGGGGCAGUGCUGUAGGUGUUUGGUGGUGAAUGGCGAGUGGGAUCGCAUCUUCCCCGUGGAGGAUCUGGCGCUGGCGCUGAAAUGGGGAAGGCCCAAGGAGGCGAGGAUCGUGAGGGAGGAGUGGCAUAUGGGCGAGCCGGAGAGUUUUGUGGUUAUUCUCAGGUGGAUUCAUGAGCUGUUGGGGCUGGAUUGGGAUUAUAUGCAUCAUUUGAAGUUGUUGGGGGCUAAGGCGAAGUAG